AGGGUCGCGGGAGGCCGAGGUGGGACGAAUAGUCCAACAAGUGGGGGCGACAAAUAGAAAGAAACCAUUUGAUAUUUGAUUUGAUAAGCCAUAACAACAACAUUAAUUAAUUAAACUCCUUUCCUUUGAAAUUUCGAAGCCUCUCUUCUGUUAUCUCUUUCUUUCUCUGGUUCGAUCUGGAUCUGCCUCAAAAUGAUUGCAAUUCCAUAUCUAACUGCUUUAUCAACCUAUUUCAGCUAUGGCCUUCUCUUCUUAUUUGGCCAAAUCAGGGAUUUCUUCCGCAAACUCAUCGAUUGGUCUUCUGCUAAUAAUCUCCAUGGUUAUGCACCUCUUUGUUUGGGACUUGAAGAUUUCUACACUCGCCGUCUCUACCUUCGUAUUCAGGAUUGUUUCGGUCGGCCUAUUGCUAGUGCUCCCGAUGCUUGGUUCGAUGUGGUUGAGCGAUUCUCCAAGGACAAUAACAAGACGCUCAACCGAACCUCGAAUACGACCAAAUGCUUGAACUUGGGAUCCUACAAUUACCUUGGUUUUGCGGCUUCCGAUGAGUACUGUACCCCUCGUGUGAUUGAGUCUUUGAAGAAGUAUUCACCGAGUACCUGUAGCAGUCGUGUCGAUGGUGGCACAACAACAUUACACGUCGAAUUGGAGAAAUGUGUUGCUGAUUUUGUUGGAAAACCAGCUGCAAUUGUUUUUGGAAUGGGUUAUGUCACCAAUUCUGCUAUUCUUCCCGUCCUUAUGGGGAAGGGAAGCUUGAUUAUUAGCGAUUCAUUAAACCAUAGUUCUAUCAUUAAUGGUGCACGAGGAUCUGGAGCUACAGUUCGAGUUUUCCAGCACAAUACACCUGCUCACUUAGAGGAAGUUUUGAAGGAACAAAUAGCGGAUGGACAACCUAGGACUGGCAGACCAUGGAAAAAGAUUAUGGUUAUUGUGGAGGGGAUAUAUAGCAUGGAAGGGGAGCUUUGUAAACUUCCUGAGAUAAUAGCAAUUUGCAAAAAAUAUAAGGCAUAUACAUACUUGGAUGAGGCCCACAGUAUUGGAGCAGUAGGGAAGUCUGGAAGAGGUGUUUGUGAGCUCUUGGGUGUGGAUCCAGCAGAUGUAGAUGUCAUGAUGGGAACUUUUACAAAGUCAUUUGGAUCGUGUGGUGGCUAUAUUGCAGGAUCCAAGGAGCUUAUUCAAUAUUUGAAGUACACUUGUCCUGCUCAUCUUUAUGCAACUUCAAUUUCUCCACCGGCUGGAGAACAAAUAAUGUCUGCCAUUAAGGUCAUCCUUGGAGAGGAUGGUACUAGUAGAGGAGCCCAGAAGCUUGCACGAAUUCGGGAAAAUAGUAACUUCUUCAGGUCAGAACUACAAAAAAUGGGUUUCGAGGUUCUGGGGGAUAAUGAUUCUCCAGUUAUGCCAAUUAUGCUUUACAACCCAGCCAAAAUCCCUGCCUUCUCACGUGAAUGUCUCCGCCAGAACGUUGCUGUUGUCACGGUAGCAUUUCCCGCGACCCCUCUUCUUUUGGCAAGGGCACGAAUAUGCAUCUCAGCAUCUCAUUCCAGGGAAGACCUACUCAAAGCCUUGGAGGUGAUUAGCCGAGUUGGUGAUCUUGUCGGCAUCAAAUACUUCCCCGCCGAACCAAGCAAGCAAUUGCCAGAUUCAGACUCAAAAAAGUGUGACUGAGAAAAAUGAGAGAGAAAGAAAAAGCUUUCAAGCCAGAGAAGAGGAGAGAGGUUGGUAAAGAAAACAAAAGAAAAAAGAAAAGUUCAUGUUGCUACUUUGAUUACUUAGGUUUCAUUUGUGCUUGCUUUGCAUUUUAACAACAUCUUAUUAUGUGAGCCUCUAAAAUGACCUCUCAUUAGUAUUGAAACACACACACACACGAGUGGAGUGGUAUAUGUUCUUCUUGUGGCUUCUUCAAUUAUUGAAUUUUGUCCCCAAUUUAAAUAAUUUUGUACAGAUGUAGCUUGAGCAAACCAUAUUUUAUGCUAUUAUUCUUCAAGGGUAGUCUUUUGUAUGGGGAAUAAUAAUAAUGAUAACAUUGUAACUCUUGAUGGUACAUCUUCAACAAUUUUAUUUUAUUUUUGGAACUGUGAAAUUCAUAGUUGUAAUUUUAUUUGA